AUGGCCACGACAAGGCAGUCUCUGGACUCCUCCUCCUUCCUAGAGCCGCUCUCCAUUGACACUGCAAAGAUCCGUAGCCUCGCACGCAGCUUAUGCAGCACCUUUACGAGCCUUGCCGCAAAUUCGCAAGAGCAGUUUUUACCUACGCCGAUUUCGGAUUCUGUGCUAAGGCCCGAGGGUGAUGAGAGCGGCAGAUAUUUAGCGAUUGAUAUUGGAGGGACAAACCUUCGAGUUGGAUUUAUCGAGUUACUUGGGCCUGGUGAAACUUCUACAGAUGCAACAACAAGAGUCGAUAAUGCAGGUGAACGGUCACGUGUUGUCCGUCAUCUUGAGAAGAGUUGGCCGAUUGGAGAGCAAUUAAAACACAACAAAGCCGAGGACUUGUUCGGGUGGAUUGGAGCAUGCAUCGCGGGAGUUGUGCAAGAUGGCUGUCACACAUGGCCUGGGAACUUGCCAGACGAGAUCCCACUUGGCAUCACGUUUAGUUUUCCCAUGGUUCAACAUACGUUGUCUGAAGCGACUCUUAUGUCGAUGGGAAAGGGGUUCCAAAUAACCUCCAAUCUUGACCUCGGCAAACUCCUCCUACAAGGCUACGAAAAGACUCGAGGUGCUUUACCACGCAUCAAGAUCACAGCCAUCGUCAACGAUGCAGUAGCAACUCUCGUUUCCUUCGCAUAUCAAUUCCGAAGCAACACGAGACGAAAAGCAGCUAUGGGACUCAUAGUAGGCACAGGCUGCAACGCAACCAUCCCCUUAGCACUUGGAAAACUGCAUCCAGACAAACGACCUACCCAAGUCAAGAUCCUAGACGGCGAAACAGAGGCAGACCUAAAUCUCAAGAUAGCCGUCAAUACAGAAUGGACCAUCCGAGGCGCCGCGGGACCAUUACACGAACUAAAUUUCAUCACCCAUUGGGACAAGAAACUCGAUGCCCAAGGCGAAGUGCCGGGCUUCCAGCCCUUCGAAUAUAUGACUGCGGGAAGAUAUCUAGGAGAACUAGGCCGCAUCAUCAUAGUCGACUAUCUUACAACUAAUCUGUAUAUUCCCGAAUCUUCUCUCCCACCUCUUCUUACUCAGCGGCAUGGAUUGAGCACUACCUUCUUAGGGAAUUUAGGCCCACAUCUCGCUACCCUCGAGCCAUCACUGCUCAAGCAACUAAACACCGAGAUCCCACCAUCGAUAGAGCCAGAUGCGUGGAAAUGGACUGCUGAAAUAGCAGAUGUGGUAUAUGAUAUCGCGAAAGCGAUACAAAUCCGGGCAGCGGGAAUGACUGCCGCAGCCGUAAUCGCACUCCUCGCUUGCGCAGAGGAGAUACACUUCUCUUCACCUAGCACAACAAAAUCACUACCUAAUGGUAUAACCGCCCAAAUCAACGGUAGCAAAGAAGCGCUUGACGAAUUGAUGGUCGGAUACACCGGUGGUUGUAUUGUGCAUUUCCAGGACUAUCUAGCCGAUUGCCAGAGGUUUUUAGAUGAGAUUAUGGGAGCUGAGUUCGCCGGCCAAGAAGAUGUGCCGAGAGUGGUGCUGAUGCCCUGCCAUGAUGGCGGGAUCAUUGGAGCGGGCAUUCUGGCGGGUACCGUCCAGAGUCUUGCGCAUGAUGGAUGA